CAGCCGGAAGUCCGGUCCGAUCCCGUUGGGCGGGCAACGCGGCGUGGAGGCUGGCGGGCUGCAAAGGUUGCGAUGCGGCGGGUUGCUCGCCUAGGUCGUGGGGCGGUGGUGGGGCUGCUGCUGGCGGUCCACGCGGUGGCGGCGUUCGAGCCCAUCACCGUGGGCAUCGCCAUCGGAGCCGCGACGGCGCUUACCGGCUACCUGUCCUACACGGACCUGUACUGCCGCUUCGCCGAGUGCUGCCGCGAGAAGCAGCCGCUCAACGCGUCGGCCCUCAAGCUGGAAUUAGAGGAGAAGCUGUUUGGGCAGCAUCUGGCCACAGAGGUGAUUCUCAAGGCACUGACGGGCUUCAAGAACAACAAAAAUCCCAAGAAACCGCUGACCCUUUCCUUACAUGGCUGGGCUGGCACAGGCAAGAAUUUUGUCAGCCAAAUUGUGGCUGAACAUCUUCACUCAAAAGGCCUGAGGAGUAACUUUGUCCACCUGUUUGUCUCGACUCUGCACUUCCCUCACGAGCAGCAGAUAAAACUGUACCAGGACCAGUUACAAGGAUGGAUUCGGGGUAACGUGAGUGCGUGUGCGAGCUCCGUGUUCAUAUUUGAUGAGAUGGACAAGUUGCACCCCGGGGUCAUCGACGCAAUCAAGCCGUUUCUAGACUACUACGAGCAGGUGGACGGCGUGUCUUACCGGAAGGCCAUCUUCAUCUUUCUCAGCAAUGCCGGUGGGGACCUCAUAACUAAGAUUGCCCUUGACUUUUGGCGGGCGGGAAGAAAGAGGGAAGACAUUCAGCUGAAGGAUCUGGAACCCGUGCUGUCUGUUGGAGUCUUCAACAAUAAACACAAGAGCGUCCACUGGCUUCAAGUCUUUUCAGUUGAAAUCGGUGGCACCUUCAUGCACGGUGUCCGGUGGAGAUGUGGGCCUGCCACGGAACAUUCUCGACCAGGUGACCUAUCUGCCUGUGGUGUGGGGUCUCCACCCGAGGCCUCUGCAGCAGACCAGGACCGACAGCCCUGCAGUCUGUCCGUUGCGCCUGCUGGUCCUGGAAUUCCUUUGCCGUCUCUCACCCAGUAUCGAGCUCAGCCUGCCUGGCCCUACUUCUGCUCCUGAACUUCGGUUGCUGCUAGAUUUGCCCCCAAUCAUACGUCAUCACGAGAGUCCAAUCAGAAUGAGGUCAUUGGUUUUGAAUGAGUCCUUGGUGCCCAUGGUAAAAUGUCUGUAACAAUUUGUGCAUGGGUCAGUCUCUCACUUUAUUCCAGAGAAUCAUUUGAAAUCCACAGGCCACGCUCAGUCUCCGUGGACAACACGUGCCAGAGUGGCCAGCUGGCAGAGCCCACAUUGCCAAAGAAGUGUAAGUACUGUACACCAGAAAUGCUAGAAUUUUCAAGGAUAUGUAUGUUUUUUAUGAUGUUUUUACUUGUGAAUCUUAGAUAAUAGAAAAAGAUAGGAUGUGGCUUAUUUUAAAACAUAGGAAGGACACCAAAAAAUGGAAUAAUUGCCUAUCUCUUUAUCAGAAAUCUUAACAAAAACGGUGUGCAUUUUAAUUGUUCAGUGCGUGGCGAUAGCUGGUCAUCAGACAAGGUCCCGAGUGUCCUCUGAUGACGAGCACCCUCUGUGGCAGCGCCAGGCUGGACCGCCCUGGUCACUGGGAAAUAAGACGGAUUCCAGCCCGUGUGAAUUGGGGUGUGUGUGUCACCGCUGCGACACGACCACAGACACAUUAGGACAGCGUACAGUGUGUUUAUAUGUAAGAUGGAGAAGGAACAUCUUUAUGACACAGGAGUGCCUUACAGAGGGUCACCUGUAGUCUUUUAAAAAUGCCAAGUUAAGGGACGCCUGGGUGGCUCAGCCGGUGAAGCGUCUGCCUUCGGCUCGGGUCAUGAUCUCAGGGUCCCGGGAUCCAGCCCUGUGUCGGGCUCCCCGCUGAGCGGGGAGCCUGCUUCUCCCCUCCCUCCUGCUUCCCCUACUUGUGCUCUCUCUCUCUGAUUUAAGAAAAAAAAGAAAGACAAAUUAAGGCUUAAAAUUUUUGGUACGUGUUCUCGUAUUGGAGCCGAGUGAUAGUUCUUUCAUAACCCCGUGAGGAUCUGGUCAGGGAGAGACAAGAUUUUCCCUGUUCAGAGUGACGUAAUUCAUUCACCACGUGUAGGCCACCUUUGGACUUGUAACCUAAAGAGGCCACGGCUGACCACAGCCCAGCCUCCUUUGCCCUGUGUAAGAGGUAGAAUGAGGACUUGAAUUGACAUACUGAAUAUGAAAUAAAGCCUAAAUUUUAUCAUG